GGCGCCUCGACGGCUACGGCGGGCGCCAGACCGAAGCGACCGACGUUGUAAAGUAAAAUGUCUUAAAAAAUUAGAAUGUCAUGGCUGUCUUUAUAUCAUCUUUUUACAACCAUCCUAUUACAGAUUUGUAUGUCAAUCCCAUAUAUCUGUGUUCAUGGGGCCAAAAAUGAAAUCUGCAGUGACAUGGUUGGAAAAAAAAGGAAGAAGCAAUUGACUUUUUUUUUCUUUUCAAGACAUUGCUUUUUUACAGUGCAUGAGGGGGUGACGGAUUUUAACCGUGUCAGCCGUGUGACAGGUGUUCACCGAGACUCCCCUGCACGUCGCCUCUGCCCUGGGCUCGGCCCAGUGCGUCUCUCUCCUGCUGGAGCACGGUGCGGACGUCCGGUCGCAGUUCGGCCCCACUAGGUCCACGGCGCUGCACCUUGCCGCCGAGGACGGCAACACCGAGUGCGCCCGGCUGCUGCUGGAGGCCGGCGCCGACACCUCGGCGCUCAACUGGAGGCGCCAGACACCGCUGCACCUGGCCGCGCACGCGCAGUCCGCCGCCACCAUCCAGCUGCUGCUGGCGCGCCGCGCCGACCCCAACAGCCAGGACGACAACGGCCGCACCCCGCUGCACUGCGCCAUCGUCAAGCUGUCGCGCUCCUGCGACUGCGUCCGCCUCCUGCUGCAGGCGGGCGCAGCGGUGAACCAGGCCGACAGCUUCGGCUACACGCCGCUGCACAUGGCCGCCCUCAACGAGUUCUCCAACUACGUGCUGCUGCUGCUCGCGCACGGUGGCGACGUGACGGCGCGCACGCGGGGCAACGUGUCGGUGCUGUCCUUCAUCGUGCGCCGCACGCCCGACGUGGUGCCCAAGUUCGUGCAGCGCCUGGACCGCGCCGUGCGCCUGCACGACCACGAGAUCGGCGACGUGGACUGCGAGCUCAAGAUGGACUUCCGCAUCCUCGUGCCCAACGCGGAGCGCGGCGAGAGCGUCCUGCUCCUCGACCUCAUCGACGUGGGCCAGCGCACCAUCCUGCAGCACCCGCUGUGCGAGACGUUCCUCUUCCUCAAAUGGCGACGCAUCAGGAAGUUCUUCCUGCUGUCGCUGCUGUUCCACGCCGUGUUCGUCGUGCUCUUCUCCGUGUACGUCAUCGGCGUCUACCCCCGGAACUGUGACGACGCACAGCCUGUCAGAUACAUGUGCCAGAUACCCAUGGCCACCACCGUGUCUGGGUACGCCCUCCUGGCGCUCAACACGCUCCUCGUGAGCAAGGAGGUGUUCCAGCUCGCCCACGGCUGGCGCGCCUACGUCCGUCACUGGGAGAACUGGCUGCAGCUGCUCAUCGUCGCCUCCGUCUUUCUGUGCGAUGUUCCCUCCGGUCGGGUGUCGUCCUGGCAGCACCACAUCGCAGCGCUCGGCAUCUUCCUCACCUGGCUAGAGCUCAUGAUGAUCGUCGGCCGCUUCCCGACCUUCGGCUUGUACGUCCAGAUGUUCACCACCGUCGCUGUCAACUUCUCCAAGUUCCUGCUCGCCUACUGCUGCCUGCUGUUCGCCUUCGGGCUCAGCUUCGCCGUGCUGUUCGCCAACUAUCCCCCGUUCGGAAACGUGCCUCUGUCGCUGCUCAAGACGGUCGUCAUGAUGUCGGGCGAGCUCGAGUUUGAGGACAUGUUCUACAACGCCAAGCCCAGCGAGUCCAUCCAGUUCCCCUACACGGCCCACUUCCUCUUCCUGAUGUUCGUUGUCCUCGUCACCGUGAUCCUCACCAACCUACUGGUCGGGCUCGCCGUCAGCGACAUCCAGGGGCUCCAGAAAUCAGCGGGACUGGACAGGCUGGUCCGACAAGCUGAGCUGGUGGCGCACCUGGAGAGCAUGCUGUUCUCGCGCCUGCUGCGCUGCCUGCCCGCCAAGCUGCUGGCCGUGUGCCACCGCUCCGCGCUGCUGCUGUCCUCGCACCGCUCGUGCGCCAUCUUCAUCCGGCCCAACGACCCUCGCGAGCGCCGCAUUCCCCGCUACCUCGUGCGCAGGGCCUACCACCUUGUGGCCGAGCGCCGGGAGCGGGGCCGUCGCCAACGGGAAGCUGGCCCCGGCCUCGGACUGGGCGGGCUGGCGGGCGGCGGCCUCUGCGCGCACGUCGCCUCGCUGCCCACCGAGAAGCAGCGCCACAUGCACUUGUUCCUCGGCGGCUCGCUCAACAGCCGCCCAGGCUCUCGUAUCGACGCCGAAUGAGGAACCAGCGCAGCGACCGACAGUAAGCGGACCUGGGCCGACUGAUUCCGAGAGACCUCAAGCUUGGACGAAAGUCCAAGCUCGUCCAAGCCUCAAGGGGCGCUGCUCGAUGCGUGCGACAAGGACGGGGCUUUACGGAAGGUAUAGGAGAGGGUUCUUCGGAUUCCGUCGCCAGGGCGUACAACUGUGACUGUGAGGAGGGGGAGUCACCACCCCUUUUGCCUAUCUGCAAAGAAGUGCGUUGGUCUUACCCAAAAGCAAUCCCCACAGCCAUCAGGAAUCAAAUGUCACAUUGACUCUCAAGUUUUCUGAGCAUGCAUCAUAAUUUUUUAGUUUCAAGUAUUGACCAUUUGCUACCUCUGACAAAAAACAAACAAACUGUGAUUGUGAUUAAGUACUGUGAAGGCUGUGCUGUUUGUGUUAGUUUGUAUAUUUUUAGAGACAUCUAUGUAUUCUUAGCACAAAAUGUUCCCAACUGAAAAGUAAAUACAUUAACAUAAGGUGAUGCAAAUAUGAUAUGUUAUAAAAUUGUAAUAAGCGAGUUGUUGGGCAAUAAUAACAUGAAUAUUUAUUGAA